CACCCACGGCAGCGGGAGGGGAGAGGGGCUACCGAGACGAGCGGAGGGCCAGAGCGGCCCACGCGGAACUGGCCCCUAGCGGCCCUUGCCGGCCUGGGGCUCCGCUCCGGAGCCGCAGCCUCGGUCGCCGCGGGGGAGCCGCUGUCCUAGCGCCGGGACGUUCCGCACCAGUGGCAGCGGCUGGACCCCAGCGCCUCCGAAACCGAGCCUCAAAACGCUAGCCUGGCCCUGCGUGUUCUCGGGGCCCCUCCUGCUGCGGAAAGGCUCGGCACGCCCCUCUGCAAUGCAGCCUCGGAAGGCUGGACAGACCCCCCCACCCCCAGUAGCCAGGUCCGAUAUCAAAAGCUGCAGUGACAAGUCUUGAGUCACCUUAGCAAUAAAAGUAAAUGCUAAUGUAUCUGCACCACCUCUCAAUCGGCACUCUAUAAACAUUUGGCACGAUACUAUACGCUACCUUAGUAAGACCUCAUCUUCCCUUGGGAGGGGAGGGAGCAUUGGCAGUUGCUGGGUAAUUUGAAGACUACUGUGGAGGGUUUGGUGUCAGCCAACUGUCCCAAUGUCUGGUCCAAGUAUGGUGGCCUGGAGCGACUUUGCAGGGACAUGCAGAGCAUUCUGUAUCACGGGCUCAUCCAUGACCAGGUGUGUUGCCGCCAGGCGGAUUACUGGCAGUUUGUCAAAGACAUCCGGUGGCUCAGCCCGCACUCAGCCCUUCACGUGGAGAAGUUCAUCAGCUUGCAUGAGAACGGCCAAAGCAAUGCGGCCGUGAGUGACCGCGCUGUCGCAGACCUGUGGCUUCAGCACAGCCUGCAGUGCCACUGCCUCUCCGCCCAGCUCCGGCCUCUGCUCGGGGACAGGCAGUACGUCAGGAAAUUCUACACAGAAACGGCUUUCCUGCUGAGUGACGCCCACGUCACAGCCAUGCUCCAGUGCCUGGAAGCAGUGGAGCAGAACAGCCCCCGUCUCCUGGCUCAGAUUGAUGCAUCUAUGUUUGCCAGAAAGCACGAGAGCCCACUGCUGGUUACAAAGAGCCAGAGUCUGACAGCUCUGCCUGGUUCCGCAUGCCCCCCUCCAGCCAGCUGCGCUCAGCAGUCCUGCUUGGGGUCCUCCUCUUACCUCCACCAAGCCACGCCCAGCCACGGCGCAGAGAGGAGAUCCACUUCCUUUUCACUUUCUGGCUCUCCGCGGAAACCUCAAGAAAACAGAGAACCCCUCUCACCAGCCGAGAAUCAACCCGCCCAAGCUCCACUGCGUCCAGACUCAGCUCUAGCCCAGGAAUCCCCACUGACCCCACAUGAGAUGAGUUCCAGCACUCUGACCAGCCCCAUGGAGGCAUCCUGGCUCAGCAGCCAAAAUGACUCCCCAAGCGAUGGCAGCGAGGGGCCCGAGUACCUGGCCAUUGGCAACCCAGCCCCGCACGGCCGGACCGCCAGCCGCCAGAGCCAGAGCAACGAUGCCAAGAGCAGCAGCUCCCACUUGUUCUCCUCCAGCAGCUCCCAAAGGCCAGAUUCUGCUGCCUCCUCUCUAGGGGACCAAGAGGCAGGUAGGCAGAGCCAGCCAGGCGGUGUCCUUCGCAGGUCCAGCUUCUCAGAAGGGCAGACGGUCGCCGCCGUCGCCAGCGGGACAAAGAAGAGUCAUAUUCGCUCCCAUUCGGAUACCAACAUUGCCUCCAGAGGAGCCACAGGAGGCCCCAGGAAUAUCACCAUUAUAGUGGAAGAUCCCAUUGCAGAGGGCGGUCAGUACCUGUGCUCGGGAGAAGGCAUGUUUCGAAGACCAUCAGAAGGACAGUCCCUCAUCAGUUACCUCUCCGAGCAAGACUUUGGCAGCUGUGCAGACCUGGAAAAGGAGAAUGCCCACUUCAGCAUCUCAGAGUCCUUGAUUGCCGCCAUCGAGCUGAUGAAAUGCAACAUGAUGAGCCAGUGUCUGGAAGAGGAGGAAGUAGAGGAGGAAGAUAGCGACAGGGAGAUCCAGGAACUGAAGCAGAAGAUCCGCCUUCGGCGCCAGCAGAUCCGCACCAAAAACUUGCUCCCUGCAUACCAGGAGACUGAGCAUGGAAGCUUCCGGGUCACCUCCAGCAGCUCCCAGUUCAGUUCACAUGAUUCUACACAGUUCUCGGACUCUGGAUCUGCCGAUGAUGUUGAUGAGUUUGAAAUCCAAGACGGUAGCGAAGGCUCUAACCUGACUCACAUGUCAAAGAGUGGACUCUCAGUGUCAAUGGCCUCCAUGUUCUCAGAUGCUGAUAUCAGGAGGAGUGUGGUCUCAAACGGCAAAGCAUCCAUCUCCCAGAACUUCUCCCAUUGUUUCCUGCAUUCCACGUCUGCCGAGGCAGUGGCCAUGGGGCUUCUGAAGCAGUUUGAAGGCAUGCAGCUCCCAGCUGCCUCGGAGCUGGAGUGGCUAGUUCCAGAGCACGAUGCACCACAGAAGCUCCUGCCUAUCCCAGACUCACUGCCCAUCUCGCCAGAUGACGGGCAGCAUGCGGACAUCUACAAGCUGCGUAUCCGAGUGCGUGGCAACCUGGAGUGGGCUCCACCCCGGCCUCAGAUCAUCUUUAAUGUCCAUCCAGCCCCGACGAGGAAGAUUGCCGUGGCCAAGCAGAACUACCGCUGUGCAGGAUGUGGCAUCCGGACUGACCCCGAUUACAUCAAGCGGCUGCGGUACUGUGAGUACCUGGGCAAGUACUUCUGCCAGUGCUGCCACGAGAAUGCCCAGAUGGUCGUCCCCAGCCGGAUUCUGCGCAAGUGGGACUUCAGUAAAUACUGCAUCAGCAACUUCUCCAAGGACCUGCUCCUCAAGAUCUGGAACGACCCUCUCUUCAACGUGCAGGACAUCAACAGCGCCCUCUAUAGGAAGGUCAAGCUGCUCAGUCAGGUCCGGCUGCUGCGGGUUCAGCUGUACCACAUGAAGAACAUGUUUAAGACCUGCCGACUGGCCAAAGAGCUUUUGGAUUCCUUUGACGUAGUUCCAGGCCACCUGACAGAGGAUCUCCACCUGUACUCACUGAACGACCUGACAGCAACCAAGAAGGGGGAACUGGGGCCCCGGCUGGCCGAGCUCACCAGAGCAGGAGCUGCCCACGUCGAGAGAUGCAUGCUGUGCCAAGCCAAGGGCUUCAUCUGUGAGUUCUGCCAGAACGAGGAUGACGUCAUCUUUCCUUUCGAGCUGCACAAGUGCCGGACCUGUGAAGAGUGUAAAGCGUGUUACCAUAAAGCUUGCUUCAAGUCUGGAAGCUGCCCCCGGUGUGAGCGGCUGCAGGCCCGGCGGGAGUUACUGGCCAAGCAGAGCCUGGAGUCCUACCUGUCUGACUAUGAAGAGGAGCCCACGGAAGCCUUGGCUGUAGAGGCCACCGUCCUGGAGACCACCUGAGGAAUGCACCUCAGCCCUUUGUCCGAGGGGCUGGCUAGAGGCAAAUGCUAGAGAACUGAGCCACACCUUCGAGGAAGGUGUGGGGCCUUCUUAAAAUAUAUCAUCAUUGUUUAUGACUUGUCUGCUGUCCAGGUGUGGACAACCUUUAUUGGUUGAUGGGUCCAGUCUGUCGUGACAGAUAUCUGUGAGCAUUGGGUGUUUCCAUCAGAACUGCCUCUCGCCAGGGGAUGGACAGUGAGACCCAGCUCUUCUGACAUGCUCGGCCUGUCCCACGAGCCUCAGAUCUGGUGACAGCUGCAGCUCCAGGAUCAUUCCCACUCUCGACUCAGUCCCACAGCUCCUGAGCCAGGCCUGUCUCAUCAAUGAUCUUCACCUUCGCUGCUGAAACGGGAGAAUGGAACUUUCCCAGAAUGGGGCUGCACGGUGGGCAUCCGGUCCAAUUUAUUAGGCAUUUGGGGGCAGGGAAGAACAGAACCAUUAUUGUUCUAGAAUCCUCAGAGACUUCAGAGAGGCGAGCAUGACUUCCCUGUUUCAAGUAUUCCAGACAUAGGUGGACACAAGCUGGCUUGUGUCCUCUGAUGGGCCCGAAGCAAAGAACAGAACUGGGUCUUAGACCAGGCCCAUUUGUAGCCAGCACCACACACAACAGUGAGGCUGCAGCUGGCGCCCAAGGAGAUGUUAUUCAGAUAGGAUAAUGGCCGCCUCUUGGUUGUUGAGACUCUCCGCUGACCAGCUUGGGUGCGGGUGCACUUCAAGCUCAGGCAAGUCCCUCAUGCCCAGCUAAGGCAAGGAUAGAAACUCUACCCAUCGUCUUAAUAGUGGGUCCCUGACUGCUCUGUACGACUGUGUGACCAUUCUGGUUCUAAGUGAAGGGAUGACCCAACUCCAUUCUCGUCCCUCCCCCGAGAGCUGGGGCCUCCCCGUUGGCUGAUCUCUUGCCUUAGUUUCUUUUCUCAGAGUUGGGAGAAGCCUGCCCACUUAGGAGCAUUAGCGACCUCAACAGUUUGUGAAUGUUUCUGUUUGCCUUUCUGCCGUUUAUGCACUUAACUCGUCAGCCUCGGGAAUGUAUGCUGAAUCAUCUGUUCCUAGUACUAACUUUAACAGACUUCUCCCUCAACACUUACUGUGCAUUCUGUGGCGUUGCCUAGACUAAGCCCGACACACGUUUGUUGUGGCGUGGAAUUGCAACACCUAACCUCCGUGUGAGCACUAGUCAGGGUUGCGUCUCAGAGCCUGGCAGAAGUGUGAACUCCAGAGUGCUUUCAUUCUAGAACUGACUUCUUCCGCCCACCUGUCUCCCUGUCUCUCUGUACUUGGUUAUUGGUAAAGUAAUUGGCCCGGGCACUGCCCCUAGAAGCCAAACACAAUUGCACGUGGUUGGUGGACGCUGACAGGUUCGGAGCUAGAGGGAACAGAGGUGUCCCAGAGAGACAGAAGGGACGUUGGUGUAGCAGCCACACUGAGCUCUCGCAGAGCAAGAGGUACAUGUCAGAACUGGCCCGUGGUGCGGUUCCUCUGCCUCACAUUUGGGAGCUGACACUGGGCCAGAUGACCAGGACUGUCCUCUCAGUUGGCGGUCACACCAAAAGCUGAGGCCAGGGGCAGUUUUGAAGAGCUGGCUAGAAACUCCCCUUCCUUCAAGGAGAUUUGGGAAUGAUCCCUUCAGACUCAAGUGUCACUGAGUCAGACCUCGGAUUCAGACUCCCGUUCCAGUCUGUGGCUGACUUCCCGUCCAGCUGCUCACUCCAAGUCACCACACUGGAGGAGACUGCCACACACACUCCCUGUCAGCACAGGCUGCAGCUGACCUCAGCAGUCUCACUGACUUUUCCGUUUUCCCCUCCCCCACCCCACUCCACCCCGUAGAUCACACAUCUUUUAGUGACCCUGAGUCUGUGCUGUCAUUACGUCCAAGUGCGCGUUUAUUUCUUCUGGAGUCGGGAGAGGGACCGAGCAGGCGUCUUGCAAGCACUUUGUCACUUACCAGUUUCUGAGAAUCCCCUGCAGUGGAGAUUCCCAAUGCACUGAAGAGAGCUUGCUCCGAGGUGAGGUAAGGCAGGAGGGAGCCUCCUCUCUGUACAAAGGGAAGCAUUAAUCCCUGAGGUGGAGGGGAGCUCCAGGGCGCUGAGAUGUGGAAGCCCCGCACUCUGCCCUUAGGAGGCUCUUACCAACUCCCUCUGCCCAGGGUUGAGAGCCUUUGCUGAACUAACAGAAAAGGAGCAAGGUCUAAAUAAAAACAUCUGUUUGUGUACAACUUGUGUUUUGAACUGGAUUUUCACCUGCUGUAAUUCGUGCGCAUCCUAACAUGGCCAUCUUUAAUAAACUAAGGAAAUUAAAUCUUGCCCUGUA